AUGGCAGGGCUGGGACACAAUCCUGGCGGUCUCGUGGUAUCGUGUCGUCGUGUUGCCGCAGUGUUGUUGUGCGUUCCUUUGCCAGCGCCCUCUCGAACUCCCAGAGAACCGUUGUUACUACUUUUUCCUCUUACCUGCUCGAUAUUGUGGUUUUCCUUCCCACAAUGGCCGCCCAAUGCCGCCGUGCUAGGCGCAACGCCGUGGUGUCGCGACUUCCCCUUCGCCAUGAUUACCACAAAACUGCGUCGCCGCUCCAAAUCCCUCUUUUCUUCUUCAGCAGCACCCACCUCAUCACCGUCACUCCUCCGCGCAGUCGCUGACGCGCCAUCGCGCCUCUCCAUCAACCCGUCCAUCCAGAACCCGGUGCCCGCCUCGCGCAGCUACUCCAUCGGCAACAUGCCACAGCUACGUACCGGUCAUAUCCACCAGCCACCUUUUGCCAGCGACUCGGAAAGCAAUCAAGUGCCCUCGCCCGAGUUUGGCCGCUUUCUGUAUCCCCGUCGCGCGGAAGCGACGCCAGUCCCAGACGAUUUCUACGUGAUCCCGUCCAGCCUCCGCCUGCCACCCUCCGAGCUCCGCCCACUUGAGCCACGCCUUCCCUCCAGCCUAUGCAUCUCCAGCUCCCCCCUCCACCGCGUCGCUGGAUCUGCACGCGUCAGCAGGGCCGCGCGCACGUACGACACCGCGACGCAGGUACCCGUCCAGCGAGGCUGCGCAGCCAAGCUCAAACGCCCUUCGUUCCUGCCGCGCGGCGACGUCGUGCCCACCGAGAGGCUUCUGCCCGAGCUGCUCUACAAGCGUGAUUCCGGUUCCUUCGCGAUGGGCAUCGCGCGCGGCGGACAAAGCCAAAACUGGGCGCCAGAGUUGCAGGGCCUCCUCGCGUGGGACGGCAUGCACUGGCCCUCUCCGCCUGCACCGCCUGGGAGUCCGUUCAAGGGCAGGCCAAGGACGAGGCGCAGUGGCACUGUGGAGGAGAAGCUUCCUGAGCGCAGGAAGGGGGAGACGGGAAGAGUUAAUCAGCGGGGCAAGAACGGGCGCGUUGCGCGCAGGAAGGCGAGGGGGAGGGAGACGAAGCAGGUCAGAUCCGUGGCGCGCCGGGCCUAG